CUCUUUAUAAAUGUUUAUUGGGAUAUAUUGAUGUGUCAUCUGGUCGUGCAAUGUUUGGGAAUGAAAUGUAGUCAACAAAACUCCAACAAGAACAACUGAAAUAAACACAUGCAAAGCAACAACAAAGCAAGUCUAUAAAUUUACGUAGAUCAGAAAAAACAUAAGCAACACACUCAGCAACCGGCUGUUGAGAAAAUAUAGAAAAAUUGCCAAAAAUUUUAAGUAAAAGAGUCGAAUAACUACUGUCUAAAAAUGCUACAAUGCGAAGAACUGAAGGACGAUGAAGGUCCCUCCAAUACGCUUGAACAGUUUACGGAAUUGGAGCAAGUACUCGAAAUGAUCGAUUGUAUGAAAGCUUGCGAUGCGCCAGGCUUUGAAAAAGACUAUGAGCAGUACACAGAAAUUUUAUCGAGAUAUCAAGAACAACCACAUUUACUGGAUCCGCACUUGAAUGUAUUAUUGGAGCGGUUAUUAGCGAAAGUUCAUAAUAGGGCGUUGUCGGAAGGCGAAAUUCAUGCCGCCUUCAAAUAUAUGUAUAUUAUUACUAAAGUACGCACAUACAAAGUAUUGGUAAAGUUUUUACCACAUGAAUUGACCGAUCUCGAAUUUGCUUUGGAAAUGCUCGAACGUCAAAAUCCCAAUGAAUAUAACCACUGGGAAACACGGUAUAUGCUGUUGCUUUGGAUGUCUAUAUUGGUUUUGAAUCCCUUUCAUAUGUCACGUUUAGAUGCUUACGCCACUAAGCCUAGCGAGCCAGCUUCGUCUGGUAACUGCAUUGAUACUACGCAAAUGCUGAAUCAUACAAAUGUGCACAGCAAAUCGAAAAUGGAACGGAUUUUUGAUCUCUGUCAAUUAUAUUCAGCCACAAAUGACACAUGUAGCAAUAUAGCCGCAUAUUUGGCUGCCAAAUAUUUAGUGCGUGCUGAUAUUAAGGAUAUUUAUUUGGAACGUUACUUGGACUGGGUAAUGAGCCAACAUCAAUCGGAAACUGGCGAUGCUAAAUUCGGUGAAUUAGCUGCCGUUUCUGCUAUUUUGAAGCAUGGCAAACGCGAAGAUUUGCUGCCAUACGCUGAUAAAUUGUUGAAAUGGAUUGUUGGACUGCAAUAUAAAGAUAGUAAUGAUUUUUUGAAAUACAAGUGCUACAUAAAGAUUGUGCAGCGCAUUGGUUUGGUGUACUUGAAGCCACGGUUGGCAGGCUGGCGAUACAAGCGUGGCACGCGUUCCUUGGCUAUGAAUUUGAAUAAGUCAACAAAUGCCGCGGCUAAUGAAAGCGCCAGCGGAAAUGAACCCGAUACCGAUAAUGCAGAUGGUGAUGGCGAAGAAAUCAUUGUGCCAGAUGCCAUCGAGGAAGUAAUAGAGGAAUUGUUACAAGCAUUGCGCAGUGGUGGUAGUGAUAUACGUUGGAGCGCAGCCAAGG